ACCCAGAGACCGCAGGUCGCAAUGAUCUGGCGCGUCUCCCUACAUAUGCCUCCUCUGCUUGCCAUUCGUCGUUUUGCAACUAGCAGAGACAGCGCCCACCUUACAACGUCCUCGAAGUGCUCCCUCGCUAUUCAUACACUCUUUCGAUUGCCCCGCUCUUCGCCGUCAUCAUGAGCUACUUAUCCUCAACCCCUCUGUCACCAGACGACAAAGUGCUCCUGGAGCCAUUCCUCUAUCUGACGUCAAACCCCGGCAAGGAAAUUCGCACAAAGCUGCUAGAGGCCUUCGGAGAAUGGUUGCAAGUACCUGCAACCAAGCUGCAAGUCAUCAAGGAGACGGUGGAGAUGCUGCAUAGUGCGAGUUUACUGAUUGACGACGUGGAAGAUGACUCUAUGCUCCGAAGAGGGAAUCCAGUUGCUCACAAAAUCUAUGGGGUUCCUGCGACCAUCAACUGCGCCAACUACGUCUAUUUCCUUGCAUUACAGAAACUCUUCCAGCUGAAUGAUCCGCGGGCAAUGAUGAUCUACACGGAAGAGCUUUUGCAACUGCACAAGGGUCAGGGGAUGGAGAUCCACUGGAGAGAUUCGAGCACAUGUCCCACGGAAGAGCAGUACAUGGACAUGGUGAAGAAUAAGACGGGCGGUUUGCUGAGACUGGCAAUCAAGCUGAUGCAGAUCAGUACGGAGGGCUCAAGAGAUUACACCGACCUUGUGAACAUCCUCGGAGUUCACUACCAAGUCCGUGAUGACUACAUGAACCUGCAGUCCAAUCUGUACUCGCAAAACAAAGGCUUUGCCGAAGACCUCACAGAGGGGAAGUUUUCGUUCCCUAUCAUUCACUGCAUCCGGACUGACACUUCAAAUAAUACCCUGUUAAGUAUUUUGAAACAGAAGACGGAUUCACCAGAGCUCAAAAACUUCGCCAUCCAGCUCAUGAAGAAGACAAACUCCUUCGAAUACGUGCGGCAGUACCUGGUGAGAAUCGAAGCAGAGGCGCGGGCUGAGAUUGCCCGGCUAGGUGGGAAUGCCAAGUUGGAGAAGUACUUGGACAUUCUGGCGAUCAACAAGGAGGACUGCGUUGAUGCAAAGCUAGAAGCUUGAAAAUGUCUUCAUGGGGGCGUUCUUCGGGGGUAUCUCCACCAAUUUUGUAUCAUUCAGCCGCUGCUUCAUUUCCAGUCGAUAGUGAAAUCGGGACGUACUGUACAUCAGUUAAAAUAGAGACUACUGUAUGUAGCCAGAAAACUUCGCUCACUUCCGUAUUAGCUGUGGGAUUCGGGAAAGCGGGAAGGAAGCGUUGGGCGGAACUCGGCGUGAUUCCUGUAUUAUUGGCUGCGCAGAGCGCUGAUAGGUCGCAGCUUG